UCUGACAUGUAUAUAUACCUGUCCAAAUACUGCACACCUGCACCACAGUGACACCUAGACAGUCCUAAGACCGGCCUCGACUUGGGGAAACAAUCACGCUAACAAGAUGACCUCCUUGGACGGCGACAUUAACCAACACUUUCAGGAUGCAAUCGAUGUGAUUCAACAGCAUUCAAAUAAUUCAUACUACGACUCAGAGUACACAUAUUAUGAGACUUUGGGUUCCCAGCAGACAUCGCUGCAGUGUCAGAUCUCCUCUUAUGAAUGGAACGACACGGCUCAGCACUCUUGGCCUCCGGUCAUGCCUGACGUCUCCGUGGGUCACUCUGUGCAGAAUGAAAUCCCUCAGUUCUACUCGGUUUUACCGCCGCAGAAGAGCAGCAAAGGCCGUAAAAAGCUCAGACUCUACGAGUACCUCCACGAGGCUCUGAACGACCCCAACAUGGGCGACUCCAUCCAGUGGACGGACAGCGGCAGCGGCACCUUCCACUUCAUCUCCAAGAACAAGGAGAAGCUGGCCGAGUGCUGGGGCCAGCGCAAGGGCAACCGCAAGACCAUGACCUACCAGAAGAUGGCCAGAGCUCUGAGAAACUACAGCCGCACCGGGGAGAUCAUGAAAGUGAGACGCAAACUGACGUACCAGUUCAACCCGGACAUCCUGCACCGGCUCGGCUCCACACAGGUGACCAUGCACCUGCCGGGCCACCUGGUGCAAGAGGAGGUCAGCACGUGGCAGCAGAGUCAGGCCGAGCAGAGCUUCUGUGGGCCGGCUGUGGUGGAGAGGCACAGGCACAGCUGUUUCAGACACUUCCAGUUGCAGGAAGACUACAACCUGGCCUCCAGCUUCACCUCACACAGCAUCACCCAUCUCUGAGCUGCACCACGGUUUGUCCACAACUUCAGGACUGACAUUAUUCUGCUUCCAAACGUUCAGGGUCCGUAUUCCGUCCCUGCGUGUUAACAAGUGUGUCAAUGAUUUUGCUCCGUUUAAUUCAACAUUUUGUGUUCCUCAAAGAGAAGUUUACUGUAGAGGAUUAAAGCAGAGCUACUGUAAGAGACUUCAUGAAGCUGAUGAGGAAAUAUGUUUUUUUUUUUUUUACAUAUUUGUGAACCCACAUUACCAAAAAUAUCAAACAAAGUGUCAACUUUAAAAGUCUUAUUUCAAGCACUGAUUACAGUUCCAGUUCAUAUCUAAGAGUUAACGUUAAGUAGGAUUUCAGAUUAAAUUCAACAUUCACUCAGGAAUGGACAUAACUACUAAUUCAGUCACAAAAUGUUAAUGAUCUUUUUUAUGUAUUUUUUUACAGUGUAACAUUCUCUUCACUUUGAGGAAAAUGUCUGUAAAUAAACUGUAAAUACUUGUAAACAAUAAAAAUGGUGGAAAAAAAUUCUGUUUUUUAAUCAAGAAUCAUUGUUUCGUUUAUGUUUAUUUCAGAAUUUCUUUAUAAUUUUGAAAUGAUAUACUUGUUUUCUUAGAUUAACCCCGUAAUGUUAAAUGAUAUAACGUUUCAAUCAGUACAUUUACAUCACGAUAAAAAAGAAGUUAGUCGACCAUGUUUUCAAUGCUUGACAUAAAAACAAUUUGCCGGAUGAAGGUCCAAUAGGACCUAGUCGAAAGGAGGCCUUUUGUCACCCACCGUGGGAAAGACAGCUUUUAGAUUUUCUUUGGUUUGGAAAAACAAUCUAUAGUCUGAUUUUAAACUGCAAAACUUAGUCUGAAUGUUUUUAAAAUCCUGAGUGAAAAGUCUUGAAUCCAAACUCUGUUUGCAGCUGUUGAUUUUAUUAUUGUUCUUCUUUUUAUUAAAUGUGUACUGUGUGA